CCGAGAAGGCGAGAACCACAUAUUAUUAAACAUGGAUAAGAAAAAAAUCACAUACUCGUAUACUCCCCUCUAUAUAGUAACAACUAGAGAAGCUCGAGAGAUUUAUCAAUUCUAUAAAUCGUAAGUGACACACACUCUCUUUUCAUUUUAAUACAAAUGGCGGCGAUGGAGGACAGUGAGACGUUUUUCUCGGCGGCAACCCCGGAGGCGUUUGAGAAAGGCAGCCUUCCGACAACCGUGAUAACGGCGGAUCCGUCGGAAAAGGAUUCGACGGCACCGCCAAAGCCGGUGAGAAUCACCUCCCCAACAGUCGCCGGAACUUACCCGGUGGUCUUAUUCUUCCAUGGAUUUUAUCUUCGCAACAACUUCUACUCUGAUGUUCUUAACCACGUUGCUUCUCAUGGCUACAUUCUUGUAGCCCCACAGCUGUGCAAGAUUUUGCCGCCGGGAGGGCAAGUGGAAGUGGACGACGCUGGAAAAGUGAUAGACUGGACAUCUAAAAACCUCAAAGCUCACCUCCCAAAUUCCGUAAACGCUAAUGGCAAGUACACCGCACUCGUGGGCCAUAGCCGCGGUGGUAAAACCGCGUUUGCGGUUGCUUUAGGCCACGCCGCAACAUUAGACCCAUCCUUUAAAUUUUCAGCUCUUAUAGGAAUAGAUCCAGUUGCAGGAGUCUGCAAGAGCAUGCGGACCGAUCCGGAAAUCUUAACGUAUGAACCGGAGUCGUUCGAGCUGGACAUACCGGUUGCAGUGAUCGGGACGGGACUCGGACCGAAGAGGAACACGGUGAUGCCACCAUGCGCACCAGCGGAAGUGAACCAUGAGGAGUUUUAUAAAGAGUGCAAGGCCACGAAGGGACAUUUCGUGGCUGCGGAUUACGGACAUAUGGAUAUGUUGGACGAUGAUUUGCCCGGUUUUGUCGGGUUUAUGGCCGGUUGUAUGUGUAAGAACGGGAAACGAAAAAAGAGUGACAUGAGGAGAUUUGUGGGUGGGAUUGUGGUUGCAUUUCUUAGGUAUAGUUUAUGGGGAGACAAAUCGGAGAUUCGAGCGAUUGUGAAGGAUCCUUGUGUCUCUCCGGCGAGGCUUGAUCCUUUGCCGGAACUGGAAGAGGCCUCUGGUUACUUCGUCUAGAUUUGUGGUUUAGGUUAUGUACACCACCAGAAGUACACGUAUCGGUAUUUGCACUCCAAGCGAUAAAUAAUGUUCCCAAGUUGCUUUUGGCAUUUCAUUACCAAAAAUACCAGAUGAUUAUAGUAUGUGAAAAAGUAUGGUUAGAAUGAGAAUCAGUGCUCAAAAGUCUCAAUAGAUGACCUACUGUGGCAAAAAUAAAUCAUAUGGAUAUGAAGAUAAGAAUUUAAAUGAGAUCAAAAUGACAAAUAUGAGAGACUCUAAACAAAGGUCCAAAAGAAAAAAGCUAGUACUGUGCUAUAUUUUUGAAUUAGUCGUGUGUAAAGAAUCUUGAAUAGAAGUGU